AUGCUUGGAUAAUGAAAUGGUAAAUGAACCCAAAAAGAAAUCUCUGUGGCAGGGUAUCAAGCAAAUAUAUUUUGAAUAUUGUGCCAAUACCUCAAUACAUGGUGUACAAUAUUUGGGAGAGGCACGACCAUGGAAGGAAAAGUUUUUUUGGUUAAGCGUUUUCAUUGUAUCUAUAUACUGUUGUUCGAAUCUCAUUGAAAAUAUUUAUAAUAAAUGGAAUGAAACUCCGGUAAUUGUUAGUUUUUCGGAAAAAUCUACCCCUGUGUGGAGUAUACCCUUUCCAGCAGUAACUAUAUGCUCAGAAACCAAAAGGGUUUUGAAAACUGAAGGUCUAAACUUUGGUGAAAUGUUGGACAUGCUAAAAUCCACUGUCCAAGAUAAAAACGCAUUUAAACCAAAUUUAAAUACAACAGAAGAGCUACAUGAGUUCUUGACAUUGUUACACAUCUGUAGAACUGAAACAAUUGAUGAAGGUAUACCACGCAUAGUAUCGGAGCCCAUAGAUUACUUUAAAAUGUUGAGUAAAAUGCUGCCAAGUUUUGAGAGACAUUUCUUUUAUUGCAAGUGGUUUAGUCACUUUGGAGAGUGCGAUGAACUUUUUACACAAACCUUCACCGAAGAGGGUAUUUGUUUCACAUUUAAUGGCUUAAAUAAUUCCGAUUUGUAUCGUGAAGAUACCUACCAAUAUCAGAGAGCGAGUCUAGGAGGUUCAGCAAAAUACAGCAUCUCUCUUAACCGCACAUUAAGUUGGUCUUUAGAAGAUGGCUACGCAGAAGACUCUUCUGUGCGCACCUAUCCAGCGAGAGUAUUGGGUGCUGGAACAAGAGCUGGCCUAUUUGUUGCCCUACAAAGUUUCAAACAAGAAGUUGACUAUGCUUGUCGUGGCCCUAUACAAGGUUUCAAAGUUCUUUUACAUUCACCGAAUGAUGUGCCUUUAGUAUCAAAACAAUUUGUACGCAUACCCAUGAGUAAAGAAGUUUCGAUAGCAGUUAAGCCAAACAUGAUUACAACAUCAGCUGGUAUAUCUGAUUAUCAUCCACAUCGGCGUCAGUGUUUUUUAAAUAGUGAACGCCAUCUGAAGUUCUUCAAAAUUUACACCCAAAAUAAUUGUGAACUAGAGUGUUUGACAAAUUUUACCUACAGCAAGUGUGGCUGUGUUAAAUUUUCAAUGCCUCGUACUAUUGAUAUGCCGGUGUGUGGGGAGGAUAAGAUCCAUUGUUACAAUCGAGCCGAAGAUGAUUUAUUAUUCAAAGAGUUCAGUGAAGGUCUAAAAAAUACCGAUUUUAAUUAUAGAGGCGAAACGGAAUGUAACUGUAUGCCAGCUUGUACAUCUCUUGUCUAUAAUACUGAAAUAUCUCAGGCUAAUUUCGAUUUGGAAGAUAUGCUAAAAGCGGCUGGUGAUACAGAGUUUUUCGAAGAAUUUCCCGGUUCACAAAUGACACGCUUGGCAAUAUAUUUCAAAGAAAAUCAAUUUAUUACCUCCAAACGUUCUGAAUUGUAUGGUGUAACCGACUUUUUGGCCAAUUGUGGUGGUAUUUUCGGUUUAUUUAUGGGCUUUUCAAUACUUAGUAUGGUGGAAAUGAUGUAUCAUUUUUCGUUGCGUUUGUGGUCAAACAUGUCGCGGAAGAUGUAGU